AAUAUGUGGAUGCAUGGCAAUGGUUAUUCGAUCAGGCAUAAACUAGUUUCUCAAAGGUAAGGCUUCCCUUCCCUGUCCGAAAGCUAUGAUACUUGAGCUUAAGGAUUCUGCCAUUCUCUUCAUUGUCAUACCCCUUGCCCUAAUAUUCCUCUUGCGAAACCGAUCACGGCUUCGCCUUCCUCCAAGCCCACCAGGCUUGCCAAUCAUUGGCCACCUUCAUUUGAUCGUCGGUACUUUGCCUCACCAGACGUUCCACAACCUAUCGUCUCGCUAUGGCCCCUUGAUUUAUCUCAGGCUCGGUUCUGUCCCAGCUAUUGUGGCCUCUAAUCCUGAACUUGCAAAAGAAUUCCUUAUGACCAAUGAGCUCUCAUUCUCUACCCGCAAGCGUAGCAUAGCUGUCGAUCAACUUACCUAUAAGGCUUCCUAUGCAUUUGCACAUUAUGGACCUUACUCAAAAUUCAUCAAAAGGCUAAGCUCUUCAGAGCUUGUAGGCAGCCGAAUGAUCAAUCGGUUUCUUCCUGUUCGAACCAAAGAAUUGCGGUAUUUCCUCCAACUCCUAUUGAGCAAAUCCAAAGUUGGUCAAAGUGUUAAUGUCUCCCAGGAGUUGUUGAAGCUGACGAACAAUACAAUCUCUCAAAUGAUGCUGAGUAUAAGGUGUUCAGGGGCUGAUAGCCAGGCUGACGAGGCUAAAAAUUUGGUGCGUGAAGUGACAGAGCUUUUCGGAGAAUUUAAUUCCUCAGACUUCAUUUGGUUUUGCAAGAACUUAGAUUUGCAGAGAUUUAGAAAGAAAAUUGACCAUGUUCAUAGAAGGUAUGAUGGGUUGCUGGAGAAGAUUAUAUCAGAUAGGGAAUUAAAAAGAAAGAAAAGGAUGGAGGAAAAAACAAAUGAUCAAGGUGAUGAUGAAGAUGAUAUGAGGGAUUUUCUUGACAUUAUGCUUGAUGUUAUGGAGGAUGAGAAUUCCGAGAUAAGAUUAACAAGAGAUAACAUUAAGGCCUUGGUUCUGGAUUUCUUAACGGCAGCAACUGAUACAACAGCUGGAGGAAUUGAAUGGGCGUUAGCAGAGCUGAUGAACCAUCCGAAAGUGCUUGAGAAAGCAAGGCAGGAGAUUGACAAAGUAGUGGGAACUAAUAGAAUCGUACAAGAAUCUGACACUGCAAAUCUUCCCUACAUCCAAGCUAUUAUAAAGGAAACACUUCGGCUUCACCCACCAAUCCCCGUUGUCGCAAGAAAAUCAGUAGAAGCUUGUAAAAUUAAUGGAUAUGAUAUCCCUGCAAAUGCAAUAGUAUUUGUAAACGUAUGGUCGAUUGGAAGACACUCGGGGUACUGGAAAGAUCCUCUGGAAUUUCGUCCUGAGCGAUUCUUGUCAAGCAAUGGAACUGAAGGAGCAAGUCAUAUAGACGUUAAAGGUCAGCAUUUUCAGCUAUUGCCAUUUGGUUCAGGGAGGAGGGGCUGCCUUGGUAUCUCUUUAGCCAUGCAAGAAUUGCCUACGGCAGUGGCGGCUACCAUUCAAUACUUUGAUUUCAAGGUGGUUACCCCAGACGGGGUGAAAUCUACCGCCGAAAAUGUUGUCGAUAUGACUGAAAGAAAUGGAUUAACAUCCCCAAGAGCUCAUGAUCUUGUCUGCAUUCCGGUGCCACGACUGAAAAAUCUGCUUAAUGUCCUCGAACCUGUUGGGGAAAUAAUCUGAACAAUAGUACUAAUAACUAAUAAGUUUGGAGUCUUCCAAACAUGUUUGUAAGAUUGUUGUUACUAUUUCGGUAAUACAUGGUACUAAGAUGUUGAAUAAGUGAAGUUAUUUUGGUAUGUGUUAAUGUCUAAUUAGUGUAAUAUGUAAGAAUGUUGUUUAUUUGCCUAUUAUUCCAAAAGCAGUAAACUAU